AUGAGAGAAAUUGUUCAUAUUCAAGCUGGCCAAUGUGGAAAUCAAAUAGGUGCAAAGUUUUGGGAAGUCAUUUCUGAUGAGCAUGGAAUAGAUCCCAGUGGUACCUAUUGUGGGGACAGUGACUUACAGUUAGAAAGAGUUGAUGUUUUUUACAACGAAGCAACAGGAGGUAGAUAUGUUCCAAGAGCUAUAUUGAUGGACUUGGAACCUGGUACUAUGGAUAGUGUUCGUGCUGGUCCCUUUGGUCAAUUAUUUCGUCCAGAUAAUUUUGUGUUUGGUCAAACAGGUGCAGGAAAUAAUUGGGCUAAAGGACAUUAUACUGAAGGUGCUGAAUUGAUAGAUGCAGUUUUAGAUGUAGUUAGAAAAGAAGCAGAAGGUUGUGAUUGUUUACAAGGAUUUCAGAUUACUCAUUCAUUAGGUGGUGGUACAGGUAGUGGUAUGGGUACUUUGUUGAUUAGUAAAAUAAGAGAGGAGUAUCCUGAUCGUAUUAUGGAAACAUUUUCUGUAUUUCCAUCACCAAAAGUUUCUGAUACUGUUGUUGAACCAUAUAAUGCUACAUUAUCGGUUCAUCAGUUGGUUGAAAAUGCUGAUGAAGUUCAAGUUAUCGAUAAUGAAGCUUUAUAUGACAUAUGUUUUAGGACUCUUAAAUUAACAACACCAACAUAUGGAGAUCUAAAUCACCUUGUAUCAGCUGCAAUGUCAGGUGUUACCUGUUCGUUAAGAUUUCCUGGUCAACUUAACAGUGACUUAAGAAAAUUAGCUGUUAAUUUGAUCCCAUUCCCACGUUUACAUUUCUUUAUGAUCGGGUUUGCUCCUUUAACUAGUAGAGGCAGUCAACAAUACAGAGCUCUAACUGUGCCGGAGUUAACACAACAAAUGUUCGACGCAAAAAAUAUGAUGUGCGCAAGUGAUCCAAGACAUGGAAGAUAUUUAACUGCAUGUGCUAUGUUUAGAGGAAGAAUGUCCACAAAGGAAGUUGACGAGCAAAUGUUAAACGUUCAAAAUAAAAACUCAUCUUAUUUUGUCGAAUGGAUUCCUCACAACACAAAAUCAAGUGUUUGUGAUAUUCCACCUAAGGGAUUAAAAAUGGCUGUUACUUUUGUAGGAAACUCAACCGCCAUUCAAGAAAUGUUCAAAAGAGUUUCUGAUCAAUUUACUGCUAUGUUUAGAAGAAAAGCCUUUUUGCACUGGUAUACUGGAGAAGGUAUGGACGAGAUGGAAUUUACAGAAGCUGAAUCAAAUAUGAAUGAUUUAGUUUCAGAAUAUCAACAAUAUCAAGAUGCUACAGCAGAAGAGGAAGGAGAAUUUGAAGAAGAAGAAGGAGACGUAGAAGCCUAA